CUUUCAUUACGUUUGAACACGUUGCUACCUACUUUGCCCCUGCGGCCUGCUUAGUAGUUAGUACAUAGGUCCCAUCACAGAACAAGCCACAAAGCACUAGGGUCAUUAUUAAUCGUAUUUCACAUUUCACUUUACCUUCACUCGCCGUCUACCAUCAAUAGACAUUAGUAUCCAUCGUCGUCGUCGCUGCUGGUUUUUCUGUCCACUGCAGAUUGAUUUCGUGAGGUCAAACAUAUUAGUUGCUCUACAAUGGCUCUGUCUGCCAAAGAGAUCCGAGAUCGGUAUAUUAAAUUCUUCAUCAACAAGAAGGGUCAUGAAUAUGUACAUUCCUCAUCCGUAGUACCGGUAGAUGACCCUACAUUGUUGUUUGCUAAUGCAGGAAUGAACCAAUUCAAACCAAUAUUCUUGGGUACUGUUGCUCCAUCCUCUGAUAUGGCUAAGUGGAAACGAACUGUCAAUACACAAAAAUGUAUUCGUGCCGGUGGAAAACACAAUGAUCUUGAUGAUGUCGGUAAGGAUGUCUAUCAUCAUACGUUUUUUGAAAUGCUUGGAAACUGGUCAUUUGGCGAUUACUUUAAAACCGAGAUAUGUCAGUGGGCUUGGGAAUUUUUAACCCAAGAAUUUCAAUUAUCACCCGAACGAUUGUAUGUGACAUAUUUUGGUGGUGAUGAAAAAUCUGGUCUAGAACCAGAUUUAGAGUGUAAAAAUAUUUGGCUUAAAUUAGGAUUAGCAGAAAAUCAUAUUAUUCCUGGCAAUAUGAAAGACAAUUUUUGGGAAAUGGGUGAAACUGGACCUUGUGGUCCUUGUUCAGAAAUACAUUAUGAUCGUAUUGGUAACCGAUUAGCUGCUGAUUUAGUAAAUCAAGAUGAUCCAGAUGUCUUAGAAAUUUGGAAUCUUGUUUUUAUGCAAUUUAAUCGUAAUCAAGACGGUACUCUACAAAAUUUACCUAAAAAACAUAUUGAUUGUGGAAUGGGAUUUGAACGUCUUGUUUCGGUUAUACAAGAUAAACGUUCAAAUUACGAUACUGAUCUAUUUCAACCUUUGUUUGUAGCUAUUCAAAAUGGUACUAAUGCUCCACCUUAUGAAGGUAAAGUAGGUGCAGAUGACAUUGACCAGAAAGAUAUGGCUUAUAGAGUACUCGCUGACCAUGCACGAACAUUAACAAUCGCUCUUUCUGAUGGAGGAAGUCCUGACAAUACUGGUCGUGGAUAUGUGUUGAGACGUAUUCUUAGACGUGCUGUCCGUUAUGCUACAGAAAAAUUAAAUGGCAAACCUGGAUUCUUUGCAACUCUAGUAAAUGUUGUUGUUGAAUUACUUGGAGAUACUUUCCCUGAAAUAACCAAAGACCCUCAACAGAUAAUAGAUAUCAUUAAUGAAGAAGAAGAACAAUUUUUGAGAACAUUAUCACGAGGUCGUAACCUUUUAAAUAGAACUAUAUUAAAAUUAACUGAUAAAGUUAUACCUGGUGAAGUUGCUUGGAAACUGUAUGAUACUUAUGGCUUUCCUGUUGACCUUACAUAUUUAAUGGUUGAAGAAAAAGGAUUUACUAUUGAUAUGGAAGCAUACGAAGAAGCGAAAAAAAAAGCACAACUUAUUAGUCAGAACAAAGUAGGUGGUGAAAAAGAGAUUGUUUCCUUGGAUGUUCAUGCUCUUGCAGAUUUACAGACAAAAGGUAUAUCGACAACUGACGACUCACCCAAGUAUAAUUACAAAGCUGUAUCUGAUAAUCCAGAUGCAGAAUAUACUUUUGAAACUUGUACAUCAACAGUAUUGAGUAUUAGAACGAUAAAUCAAUUUGUUAAUGAAGUAGAUACAUUUCAAGAAUGUGGAAUUAUACUGGAUAAGACAUGUUUUUAUGCUGAACAGGGUGGUCAAAUUUAUGACCAAGGAUCUAUCAUCAAAGAUGAAUACACAGAGUUUUAUGUUAAUAAUGUUCAAUUGCGUGGUGGCUAUAUUUUGCAUGUUGGAAUUCUUGAAAGUGGUAGCUUAAAAGUGGGCGAUAAAGUAGUGUUAAAGAUUGAUGAAAAAAGAAGGCGAUUUGUAAUGAAUAAUCAUACUGCUACUCACACUUUAAAUCAUACUUUACGCGUUGUUUUGGGUGAUAAUUUAAAUCAAAAAGGAUCUUUGGUCGCCCCAGACAAAUUACGUUUUGAUUUCAACAAUAAAGCUGCUUUAACAGGAGAUCAAGUUGCUAAAGUGGAACAACUAACAAACAAUGUAAUUAAACGAAAUGAUACUGUAUAUGCUAAAAUUGCACCAUUAAACGAUGCCAAACGUAUAAAAGGCUUACGUGCAAUGUUUGAUGAAACUUACCCGGAUCCAGUGCGAGUUGUUUCAGUAGGAGUUACUGUAGACAAACUUCUGACAGAUCCGGAAGGAAAUUCAGGAUUAGAAACUUCUGUUGAAUUUUGUGGAGGUACUCAUUUGCAUAAAACUGGACACAUGGAAUGUUUUACCAUACUCUCUGAAGAAGCAAUAUCUAAGGGAAUACGAAGAAUAGUUGCUGUAACUGGUCCAGAAGCAACAAAAGCAUAUAAUAGAGGCGAAGAAUUGAAGAAAGAUGUGAUGAAAUUAAUUCCUACUGAUCCAAAUUUAUCUAAAGCUAUAAUUGACAUACAAGAUAAGAUAAAUAAGUCUAUAAUACCAUAUUGGGUAAAAGAAGAACUAAGAAGUAUCUUAUCAAGCUUAAAAAAAGGUAUUGCCGAAGAGGAGCGAAAACAACUAGUUGCUCUAGCUAAUGAAAUAGCAAAAUCAAUAAAGACAAAGAUAUGUUCAGAGUCAGAUAAAUCGGUAUUUGUUUUUAAGCUUGAUGUAGGUUCCAAUACUAAAGUAAUGGAUGCAGUAUUGAAAUUAUUGAAGACAGAUAUGCCAAAUAUAUCAAUUAUGUUAUUAUCUGAAGAUACAGUAGGGAAAAGAAUAUAUUGCCAAUGUGUAGUUUCUAAAGAAUUAAACAAAAAAGGUCUCAUGGCAAAUAAAUGGGUAACCAAAAUAGCAUCAUGCAUUAAUGGUAAAGGAGGAGGCAAGGCUGACACUGCUCAAGCGUCUGGAUGUAACGAAACCAAUGUUGAAGAAUUAAUAAGUAUUGGAGAACAAUUUGCUUCUUUAUCGAUCAGCUAAAUAAUUUUAUUAUUUUUAACUUAUAAAUACUACUUUUUGUAAUUAUAAAAUAUUUCAUAGUAAUUGUUAGAUCAAUAUAUUACAUUCAUAUUUUUCUGUAAC